GCCAUUGACAGCCACAGCCCCCACCGGCCAAGUGUCGGAGCUUCCUCGCGGGACCAUGACGGCGGCGGGGCAAGCCAUGGUGGUCCUGGUGCCCAUCCGGGAGAAAUCGGCGAUGACUUACAUCAACGACACCGAUGCGCAGCUUAUGGGGAUCGUCGACGAGGAGAAGGAACGCCUCGCACAAGUGGAUCAGAAUUUCAAGAAGGAACAAGAAAGAAAGGCCUCGGACCUGGCGGAGCUGCGCGAGGCGCGGAAGGAGCUCCGCAAGACGCGGCAGGAGCGCUCGGCGAAAGCCACGGAGGUGGUCAAGUCCAUGAAACCAGAGAAGGGAGCACCUGCCAUCCCAAGUUUCAUGAAGGUGAAGUCUGCAAAAUCUACGGCAGAUCCUUCCCCUGAAGGUGAGCAGGAACCCGAGGCGAAGAGACCACGCGUGGAGGAGGCGCCGACUGCUGCAGCAGCCUCCUCAGGUCUGUCAGGUCUGGGUGGUUACGCGUCAGACAGCGACGACGAGGACAGCGAGGGCGAAGCGUGAUGGAACGCGCCCAUGGCACAUGAGACGUUUUACUGGCAGGCACAAAGUUGCUGGGACGAGGACAGAUUGCUAAUGGCUUGGGCUGGCGUGAGGGAAGCGGCCCAGAAAUGAAAUUGGUCAAAAAAAAA